AGGAAAUUCCGGACACAGUCUCUCCGGAAUGGCCAACUACUAUCGACGCAAGAAAGCCGACGCGGUGUUCCUAAACGCAAAACCCCUGAAUAGUGCCAAUGCCCAGGCAUAUUUGUACGGCGUUCGGAAGUACUCCACUGGAUUGGCGGAGCGUUUGGAUGCGGAUUACGAGGCGCCGCCGAUGGACAGGAAAAAGAGCUCGGACAGCAGGGCCUCCAAUAAUCCGGAGUUUACGCCGAGUGUUUUCUACAGGAACAUAGCUCCUGUCAACUGGUUCUUAAGGAUUAUUGGAGUAUUACCCAUAGUGCGACGUGGUCCUGCCCGUGCAAAGUUCGAAAUGAACUCCGCCUCCUUUAUUUACUCAGUGGUUUUCUUUGUGCUACUGGCGUGUUACGUGGGCUAUGUGGCCAACAACCGCAUCCACAUUGUGCGAUCCCUGAGUGGACCCUUCGAAGAGGCGGUGAUUGCCUACUUGUUUCUGGUCAACAUCCUGCCCAUUAUGAUCAUACCCAUCCUGUGGUAUGAGGCCAGAAAAAUAGCCAGACUCUUCAACGAUUGGGAUGACUUCGAGGUGUUGUACUACCAGAUCUCCGGGCAUAGUUUGCCACUGAAACUCAGACAGAAGGCGGUGUAUAUAGCCACCGUGUUGCCGAUCCUCUCGGUUUUAUCGGUGGUUAUCACCCACAUUACCAUGUCGGAUUUGAAUAUCAAUCAGGUGGUGCCUUACUGCAUCCUGGAUAACUUGACGGCUAUGCUGGGUGCCUGGUGGUUCCUCAUAUGCGAAGCCAUGAGUAUUACGGCCCAUUUGUUGGCGGAGAGGUUUCAGAAGGCCUUGAAACACAUUGGACCCGCUGCCAUGGUAGCGGACUACCGGGUUUUGUGGCUCAGAUUAAGCAAGUUAACCCGGGAUACUGGAAAUGCCAUGUGCUACACCUUUGUCUUCAUGAGUCUCUACCUGUUCUUCAUCAUCACCCUGUCGAUUUACGGACUUAUGUCUCAGCUCUCUGAGGGAUUUGGCAUCAAGGACAUAGGACUUACUAUCACAGCUUUGUGGAACAUUGGACUACUAUUCUAUAUUUGCGAUGAGGCACAUUAUGCUUCGGUUAAUGUAAGAACCAAUUUCCAAAAGAAACUGUUGAUGGUGGAGUUAAACUGGAUGAAUUCGGAUGCCCAGACGGAGAUAAAUAUGUUUUUGCGAGCCACCGAGAUGAAUCCCUCGAUCAUCAACUGCGGUGGUUUCUUUGAUGUGAACAGAAGUCUCUUCAAGGGACUUUUAACCACUAUGGUCACAUAUCUUGUGGUUUUGCUGCAGUUCCAGAUCAGUAUUCCCACAGAUAAGGGGGACUCUGAUGGCGCUACUAAUAUCACCGUUGUGGAUUUUGUAAUGGACAGCCUGGAUAAUGAUAUGAGUCUAAUGGGAGCCACUACUCCGAGCACCACCACUGCAGGAACCACAAUGGCACCACCGAUUAUCAAGCAAAAGGGAAGGAAGGGUUAAUGGAAACUGAAAAAACAAAAGGAUUAAGCAUUAGGCUAAUUAGAUAAACCUAAUGUUGUGCGUUUAAAAUAAAGUGCAUCUGUAGCUGAGGCCAAAUAAU